GCCUCGCGCGCUUCACCCGCCAGGUUUUGCCUGAGCCCGCGAGCGUCUGGUGAUGGAGAACCCAGACGAUGCAGCGGACGGCAAACAGCGCGUCCACUUGCGCUCUAGCUCGCUGCGUGGCGCCGCGCCGGCUACGCUGCACCUCCUGCCCUGCGAGGUUCCGGUGAGCCGGCCCGCUCCGGUGGAACGCUUCUUCACGCCUGCCGUUCGCAGCGGUGCAGACGGGCUGCAGGUGUCGUUUCGGGGUCGCUGCCUGCAGGGCGAGGAGGUGGCUGUGCCUCCGGGAUUUUCGGGAUUCGUGAUGGUGACGGAGGAGAUGGGAAAGGGGCUGAUAAGGAAGCUGAACUCGGGGGACGCGGAAGACAAAACGAACAAGGCGCAGGAACCGCUAGCGCGCGAUUUCGACCGCUCCAUCGGAGCCACGGGCAGCUUUAGCCACUUCACACUGUGGGGUCUGGAAACGGUCCCCGGUCCGGAUGCCAAAGUGCACAGGGCCCUAGAUUGGCCCAGCCUCGCUGCAGCGCUACAUCGCUGUUGGCCAGUCUUUGCUCAAUCAUCCCUGGACAAGAUGGAUCAGAGAGGCUGGUGUCUGGAAAGGCAGCCAGAAGUGCAAGAGGGUUUCCUACUCAGCCCUCCUGGAUGCACAUGUGUAUGGUCCCAUGAACCCAUUAGAUGCCAUACUUUCCUCUAGUUCUGAGUUCCUGACCCUGUUCAGUGAUUGCCCCUCCCUGUAUCUGUCUCAUGGUACUUCUAUGGUCAGUCCCCCGAGUUUCUAGAGAAAGUAAUUCCUAACUUGAAACCACCCAACUAAAAAAUACUCCAAACAGAU